GGGCUGGGAAGAGAGGCUCCUGAGAGCAGGAAGCCAGGCCGCGGGCAGAGCCUACAGGGCCCCUCGCACAAGCAAACAGGAAGGACUGCCCCCUGAGUUCUGGGCUGCGGGCCCGGGAAUCGCCGCGCAGCAGGGCUGCAGCUCAGGUCGAGGAGAAGGAGGCGGGCAGGCACCGGAGUUCCACGGGUCCCAGUGCUCGCUCCACCACGCUCCGGCCUCGGCUCCCGGCCUUCCCGCGCGCCCAGGCGGGCCAUCUGCUGCGGCCGCGAUGAAGGCUGACUCAGGGGAUCAGGGGAGCCCCCCGUGUUUCCUGCGCUUCCCGCGGCCCGUGCGGGUGGUAAGUGGCGCCGAGGCCGAGCUCAAAUGCGUGGUCCUGGGGGAGCCGCCUCCCACUGUCUUGUGGGAGAAAGGCGGGCAGCAGCUGGUGGCCUCGGAGCGCCUGAGCUUCCCGGAGGACGGCGCCGAGCACAGCCUGCUGCUGAGCGGCGCUCUGCCCACCGACGCCGGGGUCUAUGUGUGCCGCGCCCGCAACGCAGCCGGAGAGGCCUACGCAGCGGCCGCCGUGACCGUGCUGGAGCCCCCCGCUCCAGAGCCGGAGCCCCAGUCCUCUGAUCACCCGCUGCCGCCUCCUGGCACCGGGGAGAGUGCCCCGAUAUUCCUAACAGGGCCCCAGUCUCAGUGGGUGUUGCGCGGGGCGGAGGUGGUGCUGACGUGCCAGGUGGGAGGCCUCCCGGAGCCCAAGCUGUACUGGGAGAAGGAUGGGAUGGCCUUGGACGAAGUGUGGGACAGCAGCCACUUCGCGCUGGAGCCGGGCAGCGGAGCGGGUGGCCGGGGUGCGAGCCUGACGCUGCGCAUCCAGGCUGCGCGGCUGCCCGAUUCUGGGGUGUACGUGUGCCACGCCCGCAACGCGCACGGUCACGCGCAGGCCGGCGCGCUGCUCCAGGUGCAGCAGCCCCACGAGAGCCCGCCCCAGGACCCGGAUGAGCCCCCCGUACCCGUAGUGGAGCCUCUCAAGUGCGCACCCAAGACCUUCUGGGUGAACGAGGGCAAGCAUGCCAAGUUCCGCUGCUACGUGAUGGGCAAGCCGGAGCCCGAGAUCGAAUGGCACUGGGAGGGCCGCCCUCUGCUCCCCGACCGCCGCCGCCUCAUGUACCGCGACCGCGACGGUGGCUUUGUACUUAAGGUGCUCUACUGCCAGGCCAAAGACCGUGGGCUCUAUGUGUGCGCAGCGCGCAACUCGGCUGGCCAGACACUCAGCGCGGUUCAACUGCACGUGAAAGAGCCCCGCCUCCGGUUCACAAGGCCCCUCCAGGAUGUGGAGGGCCGAGAGCAUGGGAUUGUGGUACUGGAGUGUAAAGUUCCCAACUCCCGAAUCCCCACGGCCUGGUUCCGAGAGGACCAACGACUGUUGCCCUGCCGCAAGUACGAGCAGAUCGAGGAGGGCACCGUGAGGCGCCUCAUCAUCCACAGGCUGAAGGCAGACGAUGAUGGCGUCUACCUGUGCGAGAUGCGGGGUCGAGUGCGCACUGUGGCCAAUGUGACGGUCAAAGGACCCAUCUUGAAGCGCUUACCCCGGAAACUUGAUGUCCUGGAGGGAGAGAAUGCCGUGCUGCUGGUGGAGACCCGAGAAGCUGGGGUCCAGGGGUGCUGGAGCCACGACGGGGAGGAGCUGCCAGCCACCUGCCAGAGCAGUUGUGGUCACAUGCAUGCCCUGGUCCUUCCAGGGGUGACCCGAGAAGAUGCUGGCGAGGUCACCUUCAGCCUGGGCAACUCUCGUACCACCACUUUGCUCAGAGUCAAAUGUGUCAAGCACAGUCCUCCUGGGCCCCCCGUAUUGGUUGAGAUGUUCAAAGGCCAAAAGAACACAGUCCUGCUGACCUGGAAGCCCCCUGAGCCGCCCCCAGAGACGUCCUUCAUCUACCGCCUUGAGCGGCAGGAGGUUGGGUCUGAAGAUUGGGUCCAGUGCUUCAGCAUUGAGAAAGCCGGAGCCGUAGAGGUGCCAGGGGACUGUGUACCUGCCGAGGGUGACUACCGCUUUCGUAUCUGCACAGUCAGCGAACAUGGCCGCAGUCCCCAUGUCGUGUUCAAUGGUUCCGCUCACCUCGUACCCACAGCUCGUCUGGUGUCGGGCCUGGAGGAUGUGCAGGUGUAUGAUGGGGAAGAUGCCGUCUUCUCCCUUGAUCUGUCCACCAUCAUCCAGGGCACUUGGUUCCUUAAUGGGGAACAGCUCAAGAGUACUGAGACCGAAGGCCAGGUGGAGCCUGGAGCCCUGCGCUACCGGAUGGAGCAGAAGGGCCUGCAGCACAGACUCAUCCUGCAAGCUGUCAGGCACCAGGACAGUGGAGCCCUGGUAGGCUUCAGCUGCCCUGGUGUGCAAGACUCUGCAGCGCUCACUAUCCAAGAAAGCCCAGUGCACAUCCUGAGUCCCCAGGACAAAGUGUCACUGACCUUCACAACCUCUGAACGGGUUGUGCUGACCUGUGAGCUCUCAAGAGUGAACUUUCCAGCAACCUGGUACAAGGAUGGGCAGAGAGUGGAGGAGAGUGAGUCACUCAUAGUAAAGAUGGACGGACGCAAACACCGGCUGAUCCUGCCUGAGGCUCAAGUCCAAGACAGCGGUGAAUUUGAAUGCAGAACUGAAGGAGUCUCAGCCUUCUUCAGCAUCACUGUUCAAGACCCCCCAGUGCACAUCGUGGACCCCCGGGAACAUGUGUUUGUACAUGCCAUCACUUCCGAGUGCGUCAUGCUCACCUGUGAGGUAGACCGAGAGGACGCCCCUGUGCACUGGUACAAGGAUGGGCAGGAGGUGGAGCAGAGUGACUUCAUGGUGCUAGAGAGGGAAGGGCCCCAUCACCGCCUGGUGCUGCCUGCAGCCCAGCCCUCCGACGGGGGCGAGUUUCAGUGCGUCGCAGGAGACGAACGUGCCUACUUCACAGUCACCAUCACAGACGUUUCCUCGUGGAUCGUGCACCCCAGUGGUAAAGUGUAUGUGGCAGCCGUACGCCUAGAGCGUGUGGUGCUGACCUGUGAACUGUGCCGGCCUUGGGCUGAGGUGCGCUGGACCAAAGAUGGGGAGGAGGUAGUGGAGAGCCCAGCCCUGCUCCUGGAGAAGGAAGAUACCAUCCGCCGCCUGGUGCUGCCCUCUGUCCAGCUUGAGGACUCUGGAGAGUACUUGUGUGAAAUCGAUGACGAGUCGGCUUCCUUCACUGUCAGCGUCACAGAGCCUCCUGUGCGGAUCAUAUACCCUCAGGAUGAGGUGACCUUGGUUGCUGUGAGUUUGGAAUGUGUGGUGCUGACGUGUGAGCUGUCUCGAGAGGAUGCUCCCGUGCGCUGGUAUAAGGAUGGGCUUGAGGUGGAGGAGAAUGAGGCCCUGGUGCUCGAGAGUGACGGGCCUCGUCGCCGUCUGGUGCUGCCGGCUGCCCAGCCGGAGGACGGGGGCGAGUUUGUGUGCGACGCUGGAGAUGACUCAGCCUUCUUCACUGUCACCGUCACAGCUCCACCGGAAAGGAUUGUGCACCCGGCAGCCCGAUCCCUGGAUUUGCAGUUCGGGGCUCCAGGACAUGUGGAGCUACGCUGCGAAGUGGCCCCAGCCGGGUCCCAGGUGCGCUGGUACAAGGACGGGCUAGAGGUAGAGGUGUCGGAGGCUCUGCAGCUGGGUGCCGAGGGGCCUGCCCGCACUCUCACCCUGCCGCACGCCCAGCCCGAGGAUGCCGGGGAGUAUGUGUGUGAGACCCGAGAUGAGGCUGUCACCUUCAACGUCAGCCUGGCUGAACUGCCAGUGCAGUUCCUGGCCCCGGAGGCAGCCCCGAGCCUGCUCUGUGUGGCUCCCGGGGAGCCAGUGGUGCUGAGCUGUGAACUGUCCCGAGCAAGCGCCCAAGUGUUCUGGAGCCAUAAUGGGAUCCCUGUGCAGCAGGGCGAAGGGCUGGAGCUGAGAGCUGAGGGUCCUCGCCGAAUCCUCUGCAUCCAGGCUGCGGACCUAGGUCACACAGGUGUCUACACCUGCCAGUCUGGGGCAGACCCAGGAGCCCCAAGUCUCAGCUUCAAUGUCCAGGUGGCUGAGCCCCCGGUGCGGGUAGUGGCCCCCGAGGCAGCCCAGACGAGGGUUCGAAGCACCCCAGGCGGGGACCUAGAGCUGGUGGUGCACUUCUCCAGGCCAGGGGGCCCUGUGCGCUGGUACAAGGACGGGGAGCGCCUGGUGAACCAGGGGCGGGUGCAGCUGGAACAAGCCGGGGCCAGGCAGGUGCUACGGGUGCGGGGGGCACGGAGAGGGGACGCUGGGGAAUACCUGUGUGACGUACCCCAGGACAGUCGCGUCUUCAUCGUCAGCGUGGAAGAACCCCCACCAGUGAGACUAGUCUCCGAACUGACCCCUCUGACGGUCCACGAGGGUGACGAUGCCACAUUCCAGUGUGAAGUUUCAACACCAGAUGCCCAAGUCACCUGGCUACGCAAUGGAGCCGUGGUCACUCCAGGGCCCCAGCUGCAGAUGGUCCAGAAUGGUUCAAGCCACACUUUGAUCAUCCGAGGCUGCCAACUCAAAGACACAGGGACCGUGACUGCACGAGUGGGAGCCACGGACACAAGCGCCAGGCUCCAUGUUCGAGAGACAGAGCUGCUGUUCUUGCGGCGGCUACAGGAUGUGCGGGCUGAAGAAGGUCAGGAUGUGUGCCUUGAGGUAGAGACCGGCCGAGUGGGUGCCGCUGGAGCCAUUCGCUGGUUACGAGGUGGGGAGCCUCUUCCCCUCGACUCUCACCUGACCACCACCCAGGAUGGCCGUGUCCACCGCCUCUCCAUCCAUGGUGUCCUACUUACCGACCAGGGUACCUACGGCUGCGAGAGUCACCAUGAUCGCACCCUGGCCAGGCUCAGUGUGAGGCCGCGGCAGCUGAGGGAACUUCGGCCUCUGGAGGAUGUGACUGUCAUUGAGGGGGGCAGCGCCACCUUCCAGCUGGAGCUGUCCCAGGAGGGUGUGACUGGAGAGUGGGCCCAGGGUGGAGUCCGGCUGCACCCAGGGCCCAAGUGCCACAUUUAUUCAGAAGGCCGUACUCACCGCUUGGUGCUCAGCGAUCUAGGUCUGGCUGACUCGGGCUGUGUCUCCUUCACUGCGGAUACCCUUCGAUGCGCUGCUCGGCUCUCAGUGAGAGAGGUCCCAGUGACUUUUGUGCGGGGGCCACAGGACCUAGAAGUGACUGAAGGUGACACGGCCACAUUCGAGUGCGAGCUUUCCCAGACUUUGGCUGACGCUGUGUGGGAGAAGGACGGGCAGGCACUCUCUCUAAGCCCGAGGCUCCGGCUCCAGGCUCUCGGCACACGCCGCCUUCUGCUGCUGCGGCGCUGCAAUUCCUCGGACACCGGCACCUACAGCUGCGUUGUGGGGACAGCCCGCGCCGGGCCCGCGCGCCUGACAGUGCGCGAGCGCGAGGUGUGUGUGCUCCGUGAGCUCCGGUCCGUUAGCGCCCGCGAAGGAGACGGCGCCACGUUCGAGUGCACAGUGUCUGAGGCCGAGACCCCCGGGCGCUGGGAGCUCGGAGGCCGUGUCCUGAGACCCGGAGACCGCGUCCGCAUCCGACAGGAAGGGAAGAAACACAUUCUGGUACUGAGCGAGCUGCGAGCCGAGGACACCGGUGAAGUCUGCUUCCAGGCGGGACCCGCCCAGUCCUUGGCUCGGCUGGAGGUGGAGGCGUUGCCUCUCCAGAUGUGCCGCCGCCCACCUCGCGAGAAGACGGUUCUGGCUGGCCGCAGGGCGGUCUUGGAGGUGACUGUGUCCCGCCCUGGAGGCUACGUGUGUUGGUUGCGGGAGGGGGUCGAAUUGUGUCCCGGAAACAAGUAUGAGAUGCGCAGCCACGGCCCCACCCACAGCCUGGUCAUCCGUGACGUCCGACCUGAGGACCAGGGCAUCUACAGCUGCCAGGCGGGCCAGGACAGUGCUGACACACAGCUGCUGGUAGAGGGUGACUAGCGGACUGAACCCGACCCAGCAUUGACAGUACGGAAGGAGGCGUGUACCCUUACACUGGGCAUGGUGGAUGGGGAGGAGUCAGAGAUAGCGAAACAAUAAAAACAAACAAACAAACAAACAAA